UACUGGAACAGUCUUCGCAACUUGGUUGGAUCUUUACUGGCCAGUAUGCGUUCAAUCGCCAGCCUCUUGGUCCUACUCUUCCUCUUCAUUGUCAUUUUUGCCCUCCUUGGAAUGCAACUCUUCGGCGGACGUUUCAAUUUCCUCCGCAUGCGAAAACCACGUUCGAACUUUGACACCUUCUAUCAGUCCCUCAUUACUGUCUUUCAGCUGUAG